AUGAGCUGUUGGGUGAUGAUGGUGUGGAUGAUGAUGAUGAUGAUGAUGAUGGCAUUGGCAGCAGUAGAGUGCUUGUCCGAUGGUAGUAACAACAACAAUAAUAAUAAUGUUAAUGUUAAUCAUGUGAAGAAUGCUGCCCAAGCCACAGCCCUGUUUGUGUUUGGAGACUCUUUGGUGGACAAUGGGAACAACAAUUUCCUCAACUCCAUUGCCAAGUCCAACUACUAUCCCUAUGGUGUCGACUCCAACACCGGCCCUACCGGCAAAUUCUCCAACGGAAAUAAUUUCGUCGAUUACCUUGGAGCUUGGUUGGGUAUUGCUGCGCCACCUCCUUUUGCAGACCCCAGCACAAGGGGAACCAGAAUCCUCGGAGGAGUUAAUUAUGCUUCUGCAGCAGCUGGCAUCCUUGAUGAAACUGGCCAACACUAUGGAGAACGCUACUCUCUGAGUCAGCAGGUGGUCAAUUUCGAGACUACACUGAGUCAGCUGAGGACGAUGAUGCGAGCAGGGGACCUAAAUCGAUACCUGUCCCAUUCCAUAGCCGUGCUUGUGUUUGGGAGCAACGACUACAUCAACAACUAUCUGCUCCCGACCUUGUACCCGACCAGCUUCAACUACAACCCCACCCAGUUUGCCACCCUUCUCCUCAACCACUACGCUCGCCAGCUCGUCGCUCUCUACAGCGUGGGCCUCCGCAAGUUCUUCCUUGCUGGUUUGGGUCCACUGGGUUGCAUCCCCAACCAGCGGGCCACGGGUCUGGGCCCCCCGGGGAGGUGUGUGGACAAUGUGAACCAGAUGCUGGGCCCUUUCAACCAGGGCCUCCUCUCCCUAGUCGACGUCAUGAACAAUGGGACCCACCCGGGUUCCAUGUUCGUCUAUGGCAAUUCCUACAGCGCCCUAGGGGACAUACUCAACAAUCCGGAGAGGUACGGGUUUAGGGUGAUCGACCGUGGUUGCUGUGGGAUCGGGAGGAAUCAGGGGCAGAUCACGUGCAUGCCUUGGUCCCCGCCUUGCCCCAACAGGAACGAGUAUGUUUUCUGGGACGCGUUUCAUCCCACGCAGGCUGUCGAUGCAAUACUCGCUCAUAGGGCCUAUACGGGGCCUCCCACCGACGCCCAUCCCCUCAACGUUCAGCAGCUGGCUCUUAUUAAUUUCUGA